CUCAGGAAAUCUGCAUUACAAACAAGUGGAAAAGAAAACAGUUCUGUAGCUGCAGCAGGGCUUUCAUAUCACCCUCCCGAGAAAUUGGGGCAAGCUGUCUGUCACUGGGGGAUAAGAGGCUGGAAUGUCCCCUUGGCAGAGAUCCUGCAAAAAAGGCAAGAGUAGCUUUCCCAGCUUGCUGGUUGGAGAGUCCAGCGUGUUGCUAAGGCAGCCCCUUCAGAUGGUACCAGGAAGGCAGAGGGUUAGCAUGGCUGCAAUGAUCAGACCUCAGGAACAUUACAGGUUCCUUCCUCUGUUGCCGUCCUAUGACCUGGGACAUUCCAGGGUUGGAGAAGAGCACCAUUGAACGACAGCAUCUUUGGGUUGCCUUCUGCUGCUGGGAGCAUCAUGAAUCACUCAAAGCCAUUCAUGGCAGAGGGAGACUGGUCCAGACGCUGGGAGCUGGACAGACGGAGUAUCAAGAGAACAGAAGCCAGGCUCAGCCAUGGGCUGCAGGACUUAGAGGAAACACGAGUCCAGCAAAUGAACUCAAUGGUCAAAGAGCAGAGGCAGAUUCAGAAAGAACUGGUGAGGCUGCAGCAAGGCAAGUCCAGGAAGGUGGCUCAUUUGAUUGCAGAUUUCCCAAGGGCAGUUGGUAAAAAAGCAACUCUGCCUACACUUUCUUCUUCGAUAGGAGAGCACCAGAGCAGCACCGAGGGUGAACGACUGAGAGCAUCAAAAGCUGCUUUGCCCAAGCCUGGUGGGCUCACCUUGGUGGCUGAAUCAGCCUUGCAACAUCAGACAGGCAACAGUGAUAUCAUGGAUGGUGCAGGACAGCUGUUCUCCUGGAAACGUGGACCAAUCCACACAGUCACCAGGGCCAAAGCUGGAAGCUUCCUCACAGACAUCAACCUCUCUGACAUCAGGCACUCUAUUGCCCAGCGGUUGAGUGUUUCUGCUAUGCCAGCAGAGCAAGAUGAAGCAAAGGGUACUGAGGAAGAGGCCGCAGCAGUGCUCACUGGAAAGGCUGAGGCCAGUGACACAGUUGCCGGUGACGUGAUGCCCAAGCCCUCUACCUACACAGGGAGACGAAAGAAUUCCCUCGUCCAUGAGAAGCGGGUCUUUGAUACAGAGGCCUUUGCCCGCGAGAGCCACUUCAGGACUAUGCACACCAGACCAAGCUUUCUUCAAUUGUACGCUGAAGCCAGGAAAGCUCGGUAUAUCCGACACAAGGGCAUUCCAGACUCAGAGAGGGAACUCAGCCUGCAAGAGAUAUUUGGGCACGAAGAUAAUUUAGAGCAUAGCCAUUCAACAGUGCAAACGACCAGCACAGCCCUAGCUGAUUGAACCUUGGCCUAAGGGAGGACUGUGAAAUCAGACUAUUCUGCUGACAAGGAGAGCAAGACUAGGAGAGCAACUAUGCCCAUGUCACAGACUUGUUCCGUCAUCUAGGCUGAUCUCUUGCUUAGUACAAAAAGGUCUGAGCCUAUGUGAUGUCAACUUGAAGUAAAAUUCAACUGGCUUGUUACUUUUCCUCCUCCUUUUACAAACCAUGCAGCCUGUUCAUAAGACACACAAAACUGCAUUUCCUGUAUUCAGCAUUUUAACAUGUUAAAUCUUUUGCCAUAUAAAUGUUCCAUGGUGAAAUCAGAACUUUGUUUUUAAACUUGUCUGUCUCGA